AGCGUAACCAUCUGUUUUUCUGGUUGCGUGGGAGGGAUGAUGAACAGUGCAAAAAUGGGUAUAAAUUGCUUGUCGAUUUACUUGACGACACGGAAGAGAGGGAAGGCUAUAAUAAACUCCUCCAUUUAUGAAUCUUUUCUGAGCAGUCCACAUUAGGAAAAAAAAAAAAAAGUUUCGAUCUUUUUUGUUUCUUUAUAUUUUGGGUGUUGGAAAGGGUGAUGGGUGAGGAAGACGAUCCACAGUCGCCGUUGCUUGAGAGCGUUUCUUCACACAGUGCAUCAGAAGCGCCUCUCAAAAGAACUGGGACCCAAUGGACUGCAGUGGCGCAUAUUAUAACCGGAGUAAUUGGAGCAGGAGUGCUUUCUCUUGCUUGGAGCACGGCUCAACUUGGUUGGGUUCUCGGUCCCAUUUGCAUAUUAUGCUUUGCGGGCAUCACCGUGAUUUCCACAUUUCUUCUGUGCGAUUGCUAUAAGUACCCUGACCCAGAACACGGAACCAUCAGAAAUCGAUCUUACAUGGAAGCUGUCAAGCUCUAUUUAGGAGAGAAGGAGCGGUGGAUAUGUGGAGUGUUUGCGCAGGAGAGCUUAUACGGGUGCGGGGUCGCUUAUACAAUAACAGCUGCUGCCAGUGUAAGGGCAAUCCUGAAGUCAAACUGUUAUCACCGGGAAGGUCAUGAUGCUCCAUGUGAUUACGGAGAUAGUGUCUACAUGCUUCUGUUUGGUUUAGUUCAGAUAGUAGUGUCACAGAUUCCAGAUUUCCACAAUAUGGGUUGGCUUUCAGUGAUUGCAGCAGUCAUGUCUUUCUCCUACGCCUCGAUUGGGCUUGGACUUGGCGUGGCAAAAGUAAUAGAGAAUGGGACAAUCAAGGGAACGAUCACAGGAGUCUCAGCUUCGAGCAUUCUCGACAAGUUCUUAUUAGCCUUUGAAGCACUCGGAGACAUCGCAUUUGCGUACCCUUAUUCCAUUAUUGUCUUCGAGAUACAGGACACCUUGAAGUCCCCUCCCCCGGAAAAUGAGACGAUGAAGAAGGCCUCAAUGUAUGCUAUUGUGGUGACCACCGUCUUUUACUUAUGCUGCGGAUGCUUCGGAUAUGCAGCGUUCGGGGACAGCACCCCAGGCAAUCUAUUAACUGGAUUCGGGUUCUACGAGCCAUACUGGCUUGUUGACCUUGCCAAUGCUUGCAUUGUGCUUCAUCUGGUGGGAGGAUAUCAGAUCUUCAGCCAGCCCGUCUUUGCGACGGUGGAGAGAUGGUUUGCCUACAAAUUCCCCGACAGCGGGUUCGUGAACAACCACUACUCGUGCAAGCUCCCCCUGUUGCCGGGGCUCCAGGUGAACCUCUUCAGGAUGGUGUUCAGGACGGUAUACGUGGCGUCCACAACCGCGUUGGCGAUUCUCUUCCCUUACUUCAACUCGGUCCUAGGGGUGCUGGGGGCGCUCAACUUUUGGCCCCUGGGAAUAUACUUCCCUAUUGAGAUGUACUUCAAGCAAAAGAAGAUCAGGGCAUGGUCGAGGGAGUGGAUUUUCUACAGGUCGUUCAGCUUUCUCUGUCUGUUGAUCACCAUAGUGGGAUUCAUUGGGUCAGUUGGAGAACUCGUAAUUGAAGAACUCAGCUGAGAAACUACACUACCGCCUUGUAAUCCUCCAGCAGUUUCUUUCUAUUUUAUCCCUUUUUAAUUCUUUUGGAGAUGUAGGGAGACUUUUUGUAAGUUGCUCAUACCACACAUUGAUAUAAUAAUCAGAAAGAGGUUUCUCUG